CCUCGUGAUAUCAAAGUAUACAAUAAUCACAUUUAGAUAUGAGUUUCAUUUAACAUCGUAGUGUCUUUGAGAGUACUGGUGCAAUGGUAUACUUCUAUAUCUAUUCAGCGCUGUUACUGCUAGCAGUGUUUGUAAUAUUGAAGAAGAUCAAACUGAAAAAUAAGAAAAUGGGUGGUUGGCUGAGUUAUCUAUGGUGGGGGGGCAACCCGGACGUCAAGAACCCCAUUUCAGGGCUCACGCGGCGGGAAGUGUAUGCCGUGCAACAGUCGUGGGCACCAGUCUAUGCUGACGCCGUCACCAACGGAACCGAACUAUUGCGUCGAUUGUUCAACGCAUAUCCAGAGACCAAAGAGUUUUUCAAAAUGAUCAAGAAAUUGUCUGAAGAGGAAUAUACUUCGAACUUUCAGUUCAAAGCUCACGUGAUCAAUCUGAUGUCGGCAUUGAACUUGGCCGUCGCGAACUUGAACCAGCCAGAGGUUGUGGCUGCCAUGAUGAACAAACUUGGUGAAUCGCACCGAAAGCGGAGCAUACAAGAAAAGCAUUUUCAUGGAUUAAAAGAAGUAAUUGUCAAGAUGUUCAUAGAAGUACUGAAAUUGGACAGCGGAACGCUUGGUGCUUGGGACAAGACAGUUAACUUUUGGUACAAAAACAUCUUUACGACAUUAAACUCAAACGAUGCCAGAUAACAAACAUGUGUUACUUUAUGUAAUUUAAUUAAAAUUAAAGAUUAAGUACUUAAUUUAAGUAGAUUUUAUCACAUAACAUACAAUAUGUAUAGAUAGCUAUAUUACUACAUAAAUAAAUUGAUUAUAAUACUAA